ACAAACGUCACGCGUAAAUUUAUCAGCCCUGUCAUUCAAUGAUAUGCUUGUCGGGGUGUGGAGAUACGUGAGCUUUAGACUUACAAAAUUUUUUUUAUCACGUCAAUUUCGAUCUUCUAAUGAGCUGUCAGCUGCCGGCGAGCAGUCAAGGAAUUUUGCGAUCUCCACCCUGUCACCCUGUGCCUAACAGAUGACUGGAAACGCUGAGAAACCUGAGACAAGCUCUAACGUAAUCCAGAAGUCAACCGCGUUCAGCAUUGUGUAUAUUGCCUACGGGGUGCGUUAGGGAAGUGAGUACCAUGCGUGGUGUAAAAGGCCAACCUGCACCUUACGGCAGAGACAGUUCCGGCGAGGCCGAUGUUGAUAAAUCUGGUAAAGAGUACGAGUGCAUCGGCCGAAUUGCAAAGAUCCCUUCUUUCGAAUCCAGAAGCAUGAUGAUGUCAAAUUUAUAUUCGAGCGUUAAACAAUCGCAUGAGAUUGCCCAGACAAUGUUUGAUAACGUGGCAGAGGGUUUUUCCAAAAGUGCCGAAGUUAUGAGUCCUGUAACUGCUAAAAUCGGGGAAACUCUUGAAGGUCCUUUAAGAGCAAUCGAUAACGUUGUUUGUACGGGGCUUGACUUUCUCGAAGAGAAUAUACCUUCGGUAAAAUUGCCACCAGAACAGAUGUACGAGUGUUCUAAGGAUUACGUGAACAGUUACAUCUUAGAACCCGUAGUACGGUGCACUCUUGCGCACUUAGAAAACUUCAGGGAUAUGAUCUUGCAAUACUCCAACUCCGGCGCAAAAACUAAUGCGGAGAAUAAAACAGACGAUUAAUAUAAAACUAGAUAUGUUGCUGAAAAUUAGGAGAUGAUCACGCAUUGACGAGGGUCAAAGUGUACGUUUUCGUUGUACUUUUUAUUUGUAUCGAAUUUUCAAUAUAGAAUUUUUAUAUUCA